AUGUACACUUGCAUGCUGUACAUCAAUACUUAUCAAUCUCCAGCAUUUGCAUUGAAAGGACGUACAAGCGGAAAGCUUCUCUCUUCCUUCUCCUCUUCACUCCUCUUCACUCUCAUCAGGAUCAUGGAUCCCUACAAGGAAUCGAAACUCAUCCUCCCUCCCCCUGAUCAACGCCCUUCAAGUGCUUACAAUUCCCCAUUCUGGACAACAAACGCCGGUUUACCAGUCUACAACAACACCGCAUCACUGACUGUUGGAAACAGAGGUCCGAUUCUCCUUGAAGAUUAUCAUCUGAUCGAAAAACUUGCGAAUUUCACUCGUGAAAGGAUCCCAGAACGUAUAGUUCAUGCAAGAGGUGCUAGUGCAAAGGGUUUCUUCGAGGUCACCCAUGACAUCACUCAUCUCACCUGUGCUGAUUUCCUCCGUGCUCCCGGAGUUCAAACUCCGACGAUUGUUCGUUUCUCUACUGUCAUCCAUGAACGUGGAAGCCCUGAAACCAUCAGAGACCCCCGAGGUUUUGCAACAAAGUUCUACACCAGAGAGGGUAACUUUGAUAUUGUGGGAAACAACUUCCCUGUGUUCUUCACUCGUGAUGCAAUGGCAUUCCCAGAUGUGAUCCAUGCAUUUAAGCCAAACCCUAAAUCGCACAUCCAAGAAGACUGGAGAAUUCUCGACUUUCUCUCACACCAUCCAGAAAGCUUGAACACGAUGACAUUCUGGCUGGAUGAUGUUGGGAUUCCAACUGAUUACAGACACAUGGAAGGGUCAAGUGUCAACACUUUAACCCUAGUUAACAAAGAAGGGAAAACACACUAUGUGAAGUUCACAUGGAAACCCACAUGUGGGGUUAAGUGUUUGAUGGAUGAGGAAGCUAUCAAGAUCGGAGGAGCUAAUCACAGCCAUGCAACACAAGAUCUUUACGACUCCAUUGCAGCUGGGAAUUAUCCAGAAUGGAAGCUUUUUCUGCAAGUUAUUGACCCGGAUCAUGAAGACAGACUUGACUUUGACCCACUUGAUGGAACCAUGGUAUGGCCGGAAGAUGUGGUACCUUUGCAGCCGGUUGGGCGUAUGGUUUUGAACAAGAACAUUGAUAACUUCUUUGCUGAGAAUGAACAAUUGGCGUUCAAUCCGGGUCUUGUUGUCCCCGGAAUCUACUAUUCCGAUGAUAAGAUGCUUCAAGGGAGAAUUUUUGCGUAUUCCGAUACUCAAAGGCAUCGUCUUGGACCCAAUUAUCUCCAACUUCCGGUCAACGCGCCCAAAUGUGCUCAUCAUAACAAUCAUUAUGAUGGAAAUAUGAACUUCAUGCAUAGAGAUGAAGAGGUUGAUUACUUCCCUUCGAGGUAUGAUCGUGUUCAACAUGCUCAGAAGUACCCGAUCAAUUCUGCUAGGGUUACGGGAACCCGUGAAAGGACUGUGAUCCCAAAAUUUAACGAUUUCAAGCAGCCAGGAGAGAGAUACAGAUCUUGGGAACCAGACAGGCAAGAACGAUUCAUUCACCGAAUGGUUAAGAUGUUGUCCGACCCACGGGUCACCCAUGAGCUCCGCAGUAUUUGGAUCUCCUACUGGACCCAGGCUGACCAGUCUUUGGGCCAGAAGAUAGCAUCAAGGCUCAGUGUGAGGCCCAGUUAUUGA